AUGGAUCAGAGAAAUUACACCAGAGUGAAAGAAUUUAUCUUUCUGGGAAUUACUCAGUCCCGAGAACUGAGCCGGGUCUUAUUUACCUUCCUGUUUUUGGUGUACAUGACAACUGUAAUGGGAAACCUCCUCAUCAUGGUUACAGUUACCUGUGUAUCUCACCUUCACACGCCCAUGUACUUCCUGCUCCGCAACCUGUCUCUUCUUGACAUCUGCUUUUCCUCCAUCACAGCUCCUAAGGUCCUGAUCGAUCUUCUAUCAGAGACAAAAACCAUCUCCUUCAGUGGCUGUGUCACUCAGAUGUUCUUCUUCCACCUUCUGGGGGGAGCAGACGUUUUUUCUCUCUCUGUGAUGGCGUUUGACCGGUAUAUAGCCAUCUCCAAGCCCCUGCACUAUAUGACCAUCAUGAGUAGGGGGCGAUGCACAGGCCUCAUCGUGGCUUCCUGGAUGGGGGGCUUUGUCCACUCCAUAGCGCAGAUUUCUCUAUUGCUCCCACUCCCUUUCUGUGGGCCCAAUGUUCUUGACACUUUCUACUGCGAUGUCCCCCAGGUCCUCAAACUUGCCUGCACUGACACCUUCACUCUGGAGCUCCUGAUGAUUUCAAAUAAUGGGUUAGUCAGUUGGUUUGUAUUCUUCUUUCUCCUCAUAUCUUACACGGUCAUCUUGAUGAUGCUGAGGUCUCACACUGGGGAAGGCAGGAGGAAAGCCAUCUCCACCUGCACCUCCCACAUCACCGUGGUGACCCUGCAUUUCGUGCCCUGCAUCUAUGUCUAUGCCCGGCCCUUCACUGCCCUCCCCACAGACACUGCCAUCUCUGCCACCUUCACUGUCAUCUCCCCUUUGCUCAAUCCUAUAAUUUACACGCUGAGGAAUCAGGAAAUGAAGUUGGCCAUGAGGAAACUGAAGAGACAGCUAGGACAAUCAGAAAGGAUUUUAAUUCAAUAA